CCCAGAGUGAUUGAGAUGUAGCCAAAAACUAUUCCUGGAAUACUUUAUAUAUCUGUGUGAUUCAAUGGCAUAUCUUGGCACAGAUGUGGAGCGGAUGGAAAAGGGGGAAAGCACUCCGCUUGAGAGUGGCGGGGCUGCAAGAGUAGAACCAGAAAGUCCCACAACUCUGACUGCUGCGCCUAGCCACCCAUCAGAAGCUUCAAAAACUAUCCCUGAAACAGAAGUACCACCGCAACAAUGGAGACAAGCACUUGCGAGGCUCGGGCACAAAUGGCGUAGAGGUUCACAUGGACUCGUAACCAGAGGGAGGGUAGUCAGGAACUUGGAUGCCUGCCCAGAAGGAUAUCCCCGACUAGCCGCGUUUCUGGGCAGUGCCGAAAAUGCAAUGCUGUAUCGACGGUUUGGCUUUCUCCAAGCUCGAGUCCUUCUCAACAAGCAAGAUGAAAUAAGGGAAUUAGAGGCGGAUCUUGAUCAUAUGGAUUCGGUUGACGCGGUCGACUCUCCCAAUAUGUUGCGAUCUCGAGAAAAUGACGACGCGGCGAAUGGCGAACGUAGAAUCAUACUUCGUAAGAUUGAACUGAAGUUCAAAGAAUAUGCUGACCUCCUGAUGAUAGCGCAGAAUCUGGCUAGCCUCAACAGACCAUCAAGGCAAGAGUUUUUGAGCGUUCGGAGAGUGUUUGAUGAAGAGGCGCCCUUGUGCCAAGUGGAGAGUUAUAUAUAUUGCGAAGAUGAUAUCAUUACUUUGAAACCAAGUCGAGAAGAUACUUGGCUGGAUGCGUUCCUGGAGAAGAUGCUGGAAAAGCUUUCUUGCAGGCUCAUUCGGCAUCUCUUCUGCCCACCAGAGCUGCGCGGCAAAGUAAACCAUAAAACCUCCGGCAUCAUAUACUUCAGCACCCAACGCAUUCAUAUCGUCGUGUCAAUGAUUCUGACCAUCACAAUACUCGUUCUCUUCAUUGUGCCGGUGUAUGUUCUCUGGAAAUUGUCUCGGGGAUCUGAGUCUGGUAACACAAUUGGAGUAAUUAUUGGAGUGCUGCUCGUCUUCACUCUUGUCUUUUCAGCAGUUUUGUCCCUCUUCACACUAGCGAAACGACAUGAGAUUUUGGCCGCUGCUGCUGCGUAUUUCGCGGUUCUUGUGGUGUUCAUGGGAAAUGUUGGACAGUUAUCACCAUGACUGAAGGUUGGAGCACGCGCGGUUCUGUAGAGUUGGCGGAUGGGACGUCGGUUGCAUUUCCUCCCAUUGGUGUCAAGCGUCGUUUGGCAUGUUCAAAUAUAGUCGAUUUUUCCACCAAAGAGAAUUAGUUGGAUACUAUACAUCAAAUAUGAUACCUGGUCUUAGCAGAGCCUUUGAGCGUGCACUUAUUCUCAGUCGAACCCAGGUUCAUGAAACCAUAAACCCCAUGCCCGCCGAGUCCCACUUGAUCAGCGAGUAAACUCUACUCAACCA